CGCAUGAAAUGCUGCGUAAUUACCAGAUCCUUUUUAUCCCUCUUGCUCUCUCAACAGAAAGACCACGGCAGCCUUCGGCCAGUCCCUCCAGUAACAACAACAUCCGCCGGACUUCCUCUCUGGACACCCUCACAGCCCCCUACCUCUCGGGACACUGGCCUAGGGACAGCCACGGCCAGUGCGCACCCUGCAUGAGGGACAAAGCCACACAGACUCCCAGCGCCUGGGCAGAAGAAUGUUCCGAAAAGAAGAAAGGCUCUCACAAGCGCUCGGCUUCCUGGGGCAGUACCGACCAGCUUAAAGAGAUCGCAAAGUUGCGCCAGCAGCUGCAGCGCAGCAAGCACAGCAGCAGACACCACCGCGACAAAGACCGCCAGUCCCCUUUCCAUGGCAACCACGCGGCUAUUAACCAAUCACAGGCUCCCAUUCCAAAGAGCGUUCUGAUUCCUAUUCCCAUUUCCAAGUCGUCUGUGUCCAGAUUCAGGAACAGCGUGGAGGGCCUCAACCAGGAAAUCGAGCGCAUCAUCAUCAAGGAGACAGGGGAGAGAGAUGAGCAGCUCAUUGCUUCUCUCUCCCCUCCCCCUGCCCUCCAGCCCCAGGACAUCCCCGAUGGGCACCGCGCCCCGCCCCCCCUGCCGCAGCGCAGCAGCAGCACGCGCAGCAUCGACACGCAGACCCCCUCCGGGGCCGACCGCAGCAGCGACAGCAGCAGCCGCUCGCAGUCCGUCUCGCCCACCUUCUUCACAGUCUCCAACGAGGGCAGCGAGGAGAGCCCCUGCCCCGCCGACGACCUGCUCACCGACGGCAGGGAGAAAGACUGCGGAACCAGCUCGCCCCUGCCCAAGUACGCCUCCUCCCCCAAGCCCAACAACAGCUACAUGUUCAAACGCGAGCCUCCCGAGGGCUGCGAGAGGGUGAAGGUCUUCGAAGAAACUCCGCCCAGGCCACAUCAUGAAAUCCCCCAGUUCUACUGUCCAGACAAGAACAAAGUGAACUUCAUUCCCAAGAGUGGCUCGGCCUUCUGCCUGGUGAGCAUCCUCAAGCCCCUGCUGCCCAAACCGGACUUGACAUUCAAGAGCUCUGGCCACAGCCUGUCCGUUGCUUCGGCCCACACCCCCGGUGUGGUACCGCCCAUCAGCAUGGUGACGCUUCCUAGCAACGGGGAGCAGGAGCGUGUCUCCCGGGGGACCAGUACAGCCAGCCAGCAGCCUUCCCUUCCCAGGCACAUCGAGGAGCCCGAGAGCUAAACCAACUAAGUGCCACCUUUAGGCGGACUAGGGGAAUACAUUUCAUCAGCAUUUGCCUCUCCUUUUUCCAAACGUGACGCGCAUUACUUGAUCGGACACGCUCCUCUGGAUGGAAGAUUCCAAGGCUCUCUGCAGUUUGUCCAUCCCAUAACCAGGGAGAGAUGGAGGACAGUGCUAACAUGGGAGAUGGUACAGAACAGGCAUGGGGCCUUUCAGAGGGCAUCAUCCAGUGCAUGACAGCCGUGCUAGGCUCCCUGGUGCGAGCACAACACGACACAUGAUUGGUCGUCCUGCGGUUUUAACGCCAACAAAGAUGCUGACUGGGAUGUGCAUUUUCUAGUCGCUCUUUGAAGUGCAGCCUUUCAGAAAUCGUGUUACUAGCAGCAGAAAUUGCAACAAUUUCAAUAGACAAAUUGAGAUUCUAGAAGACCAAGAAAUACACACACACACACAGAUUAUCUUAUUUUAUUACUGUUAUAUUAGGGCAUUCAUUGGAUCUGUUUGGCUUUGGUUGUGAACUGCAUAACAUUAUAUUCAGUUUCUUUGAUAACUGCUUUGCAUUAGCAGUUUUUCUUAAUCAUGCAGCUCAGUCACAGAACAGCUGGAAUGAGACGUGUUUCAGCUAUGAAAUAAAGAUGGAAGGAGCUAAACAAAUGUGCUUGACCCCAUAGUCUGGUUCACUGUACCUCUGGGCUUUGUUCUCCUUCCUGCAGAGAGAAGGCUACACAGAAGUGUGCAAAAAUGUCUGUGCUUUGCUGUUGUUACACACCUCUGCUGUGAAGUUGCUGUCAGUGCUGGGAACAUACAAUAUCUGCCGGCUUUAAAAAUGUAGAAUGGUAUCAGUCCAAAAGACGUUCUCCAAGCUGACAGGGAAAGACAGGGCAAGUGAAGGCUUAAUGUAGACUCUUUAACGUGUUGUAAAUGUGCGUGCUGUUCUGUUUGUUUUCUAGACUGAAUGGAAAAGCGAUACACUCCUUGACACAAUGGAUUAAAAAACUUGUCGAUAUCAAAAAAGACAAUCCUUCUAUACCCUUCUAUAAGGCAUCCUCCGCAAAAACAUCGCACCACACUUUAGAUGUCUUAAUGUUCAAAUCAGGGAUCUAAUUUUAACAGAGAUAAGACCCAGAGGGUUCUUGUGCUUGUUUCUGUGGCUCAUGAGAACUGCCUUCACUGUGGGGGAAUUACUAACAUGAGAGGACAGAGAAUGUCUGGUUUUUACAGCCCUCACCUCACAAAGCCUUUUCGUUUUGGGCUGUGACUGACUACAGUUACAAUCAAAUCAAAAGUGAGUGUUUCAUUUCAGGGAAAGAAGGGAGGAGUGUUUAUAGGCUUAAAUUGAUGAGCUGGAAAUGCGCACAUUUUCUCAGGUGUCAGAAACUGAUACUCCCUUUUUUCCUUUUUUUAACAAGCAAGUAAAAUUGAGAAUCUGUGUUAAUGAGAUACUUGGACCAAAACAAUUGAUGGUUUUACAAUCAUCAUAAGCAAAGGGCAAUACGUGUUUCCUUCUCUAGCCUCAGCUCUUGAGAAAUCGGCUUAUUUUCAUUUUCACUACACGCCAAUGGAGUGAAACAGCUGGCGUACUUUUACAAAGCACCUGGUUUCACCCAGUUGUCAUCACCUUGAAUCUCACAGCUUAAAAAGCUAAAGAUGUUUAAAGUGUAAAUUUAAGAAGUGACAUCCUGUUACAUUAAGGAUUCCCAGCAGAAAUAGCUAAUAAAACUUAAACAGUAAACCUAUACGUUCAAAUUUGUAUCAGGUGGCUGUUUCUGGGUAAUUUUAAUUACCCCGAUUGCUUGUAAAUCCUCCAGCAAAUUGGGAUUUCCUUAUAUGAACAAUAAACAGUUUUAAAAGGCAAUUGCGUUGAGCUGAGCUGAAGAUUAAUCUGCUCUUUCACUGUCUCUCCUGUUCCAACUCAAGGUAUUAGUAGUCUUUUAUAGUUUGACACAGUCGCCUAUUCAGUACGUUCAAAUUAAAUUGUAAACUCCUAUCUACAGACUUUUCCUAAAGCUCGUCUUCUUGUACCUUCCUGCACAAGACAGAAUUUCAAAAUAAGCUUUUGUUACUGCCAUGUCAAAACUGAAACACCUGCAAGCUUUAUCCAAGUUGAAAUAGGUAAAGAUAUGUCUUCAUCUUUCUGCCAUUCUGGAUACUUAAUUGUCACAUUUGUAAUUCUAGCAUGAGGAAUGUGUGUUUGAAAGAUGAUGAGCAACAGAAUUUCAGGUGGUUGUUACUGCGUUGGUUCUCCACUUGUAUUAUUCCCAAACCACUUAGUCAACAAAGAAACUGUCAGAGGCGAUUGUAUGAGAUGGGAAAAGAGAGUAGGGGAGAAAGACAAAAAAAAAGUACACCUAGAGAAUUACAAUGGCAAUAUGGUUACGUUUGGGACUUCUAAUGCUAGGAUAAAGAUGCAGGUGUGUCCAGCUCAAACACAAUGCAGGUUCCACAAGCCCGUGAGUGUGUUCAGACAGACAGUGGUCACAGGAGCCUGACCUGCACUCACAUCUCACAGGCAGAUUUCAGCCACGUUGGGCGUUUGUGCAGUUUGGCGUCACAUUUGCCUUAUUUUGUAAGAAAAGCAAUUCCCUUUUCCUGCAGUUACUUGUGCAGCUUGAAGGAUUGUACUGUCCUCUCACAUUUCCGUAACGGACAGUUUCUAAAUUACACAUGUAAUAGAAGGGGGUACGCAUUUAAUAAUUCAAGUGUUUCAGACUUUCUGUUUUUUUGGACCUUCCUGGGACCUUAAAAUUCAGAAGGAAAUGUUCUAAGCUUCAUGACAAGUACCAGAAUAAAUGAUCUCAGUUUUUGAUAACUUUCUAAGCUUGUUAAAUUAUUGUUAUGGUAAAUUAGUUUUGUUUAAGGGAAACUAUUUGUACUCGAUUUAAUUAAAAACAAUAGCAGGAAAGACUACCAUUGUCUUCAUUUUUUUCUUGCAUGGCCCAACCACUUUCCUGGACUGCCUGAUCUCCUACUUAAUAACUUUUAACUUAAAUAACAGGAAAAUAUGAGCAUUUCUGUCUAAACUUGAAAUACAAUUCAGAUACAGUGUAAUACGGGGGUGAUCAGCUUUUGUCUUGGAGAACCACAAUCCGGUAGACGUUUUGGGUCAACCUUAAAUCAUCAAAGCAGUUUUGUUGUGACGGCUUAGGCGAUACCGUACGUACAGUGAAGUAGUUUUGAGAUUACUUGAAGUGAAAAGCUCUCAUGGACAACUACUGACCAUUCCAGACUUUACCAAUUGGUGUUGGUAAACUGAGCGAAUCUUGCAUAUGUUCACGUUCUUGACAGUUUGUUGAUUUAAGAGUUUCCUAUAAAACUUGAGGGACUGGGACUCUCCUGAAUGAAGGUUGACCACCCCUGCUGUAGUAUACAAUUUUGAGAUGCCUUAAGACGCAGUCCCUUUUCUGAAUGGGAAGAGAUCUAAAACCAGCUUUUCACUGGGAAAAGAAGAGGCACGUUUUUAAACACAGUUGAAGGGUUAAUGGGAAUUGUUGCAUCUGGAGAACAGGGACAGAUUUCACCCUGAGGUGAAUGAAUCUUGUGUGGCAGACAGCUAAAGGCCUGAUCUUUGCAAGGAUGUUUUGCGAGGCUAAGGAGCUUUUCCUUUAACAUGAGUUGAUCUUACAGUUGGGUGCAUCACACCACUCUUUUUCAUCGCCUGCCCAAUGACAAGACCUACAGUAUAGAUCGUGUAAAAUCACCUACUUCUCACAACCAGAAAGCCAUUCCUUUAAACAUAUCAUUAGUUCAACUACAAAUUUAAUUAACUUAGACAAAAAAAUAAACUGUUGCAAACACUGGGUUUAGGAAAAUACAUAAUUUCAGCACUUUUGGAUUUUAGCGAGAUGAAUCAUUCCUUUAUUUAUGACAAUGUGUGUGGUUUAACUUCUUUGUUGUUGCUUUCUACAGUACUCUUGUCCUCCUGGUCAUGCGGACUGUGAUUACUGCCUUAAAAAACUGCAAAGGACUGACAUCAAAAACUGAUUGGUUCAUUCAUGAAAUUUCUAUACUAUAUCUAUGAGGUAUUUGUAUUUGGCAGAGCUAGCGGUGUUGCUUGAUUUGUUUUUUUCCCAGAAAUAUUUCUUUGUUAAAGGGUGCACUUUUCAAUAAUUCUUAGGAAUUGUCAUGUGUAAAUAACUGACAUAUCAGGUUGCAUUUUAAAAUAUUUCAGCUGAUAUUAGAGCAAAGUACUGAAAGCUUUUUUUGAUGACGCUGAAUCCGUUUUGACUAAUUUUUUGUAUUUCAUGAAUUGACUGCACUUUUUAUAUAAAAGCAAUACACUGUUAAUCUUUCUUAGGCUUUCUACUAUUGGAGAUAAUUGAAAAGCGGCGUGACCAUAUUGAUACAGGCAGACAAAUGGAAUCAACAAUAAGAUAGUAUAUUUAUUUAAUAACUUUUCAUAGCCAUCAGUCAGAACAUGAUAGCACUCACGUAAUAGUGUGAUUCUUGUUCUCAAUCCUUGUCUAUUAGCUGACAUAGUUGUAGUCAAAUCUAAAAUGCAAAAUGUUUUUCUUAGAACUAACUAAAAAUAUACAAUACUUUUGUAUACAAAAGGAAUCCGUGGUCAAACUUUCAGUUUCCUGAAAUGUAAAUGCAAUGUUGUAAUUUACCAUUUUUUCUAAAGGUGUAAUGCUAACUUUACCUUUGGAUGAAUAUGAGAGGACUGGAGAUUGAAUAAGUCUCAGAAGUGUACUAUGUGACAUACAUGAUGCAGAUUGAUAUGGAAAAAUCCCCUGGACUUGUCCCGUUUUCUUUGUUUCUACUUGUAGGAAUCUUUAAAAAAAAAAGUUCUGAAAUGUUUCACUUUGAAACAGGAUUACUAGCUUUGGAUUUCAAAAUGUAAAGGUUGAUCAUGUUGAUUUGAAUUCUGUUGUUGGAAGAGCAGGUGUUUCAUGUCUAUUUUGUUCUGUCAAGUUUCUGUUUAAGUUCAAGAACCUCUGCUCCACUUGAAAACAUAAUUCGGAGUAUGUUCAUUCGGAGGUGGUGUAUUUAUGCAUUGUGAUGUUGGGUGUCUUAAGUUACUUUUGCAAUUCUUGCGUCUACUGUCGGGACACAGGAAAUGGAUAGCAGACAUUAGAGGAAGUUAAGUGAUAUUUAGAGGAGGGAAGAAGAAUUUCCUUGUUGAUAUUGGUCUUGGAAGACCACAGCAGAAACAUGGUAGUGGUCAGUGUAGACUUUGAAGUAACACGGGUGUCGUUUUAUUAGAAGUGGUGUCAAAUUAUAAGAAGCAUGUCCACUUUGUCAGAGCGUGUUGUUGAGGCGAGCAAGUCACACGGCUGACGAUUUGUGGCACAGGAACUCGUGAGAAUUGCCUGGCCACAGCUGUAGCGUCUCCAGCAGUAGGGCAACAAAGUCUUGAAGUCCUGGUGUUGUCACAGAUGUCAGCUCCUUGGUUGACCUGCCUGUUCUGAUUCACCUAUCCCCUCCCCAGUGUAAAACAGUGGCUGUUUUUAAUUAGUUGUGGAAGGGUACAGGCAAAGGUUUAUUGAGUUUACCCUGGAGAAAUGUCAGUUUAAUCAUUGGGAAAUGAAUUGGAAAGAUGAGAGUACAUCGUCUCUGCUUGUUGAUAUCUGCAAAGGAGACACGUAGCACAUUGGAAACUUUUGCUAUUAAUCUUGAGAAAAAUGUCUCAGAGUAUAUGUGCAUGUAUGCUUGGAUGGCACUGAGUAGCCCAGAUUUCAAAACUCUGGCAGAUCGCAGUAGACCGUUCAAGUACCAGGAGAUGUUCAUAUGGAGAGAGUGAUGCACAGAAGCACAGGACCUCUUGCCAGUUGAGUCGAGAUGUGUGAAAUGAACAGCAGUAUCGACUGGAGUAGGAGCUGUGGCCUCUUGACAGAAGCCCACUGAAUGAAACAGCACCCUACCCAAUUCUUAGGCUUUGCCUUAUAUUCAGAAAGCAUUUUGUCCACAGACAAGCGCACAGCAGGUGGUUGAAAGAGAAAGUGGGCCACUGAAAUGUGCAGGACAGUUUAGAGCUAAUUAAAACUGAUACUCUCCUCCAAUAAAAGUGCUUAAAGACUUUUACUGCUUUCCAUCAGUCAGUUUUCUAGCUGAAAGUAAAGUGAGUGCAAGUGAAUCACAGUAGUUAACAGUAGCCUGGUGGAUACAGUUUAAAUGGGAUGAAAAUGAGAGGAAAUCUUUUUACAUUCUUCUACUGUGCAUUUAUUGGGCAAAAUCAGUUAUGUGACAUCGAAGGUCAUACACAGAGUAACAGUGCAAAAGACUGCUUAAACCAGACACCAUUUUGACUGUCUGAAUUUGAACUGUACUUUAGAGGUAAGGCUGCUUUUUAAUGAGGUAGAAUAAGUCAGAGAAGAAGUACUCGUUUUAUCAAAGAGUAUUUUAUUCUUUUUGUUAUUAAGCUAUGAAGAUGUGCUUUAAAGAACACAAACGUGUACUUGAACAGUCCUGUUCUUUCUGUCCUUAGCUGUGUUAAAAGGGGUUGGGGCUUUUUCUCACUGCUUGUUCAUGGAUGUCUGUCAACAUUUCAGAAAAACAAAGACAAAAUUCAAAAGGCCCAUUCGUUUCUUACUUCUUGUGACUGCUUCCGUAGUUCUGCUCUCAGGAAUGUAUAAAAUACAACAUUUCGUUCCAAUGAGUGUACAAUAAUGUAUUCAAUUUUAUCACCGUUAUCUAUAUAUCGCUCCCUAUAUAUAGAUAUACUGUUCAGGCACGGCAGUAAUGACAGCUCUUCAACUUUUGCAUGUUUCAAAAUCUAAAGGAAAAAAAUAGUAUAUGCAGAAAUAGUAAAAAAGGAUGUAGUUAUGUAUAUUUUCUAAAACACAUUUUCUAACUUAGGAAUUUGUGUAACAAACUUCGUUUUCUCUCUUUCCAAACAAAUCAGACUUGGUCACUGUCACGUAUCAGACUGUUAUAAAUGGCUGUAAAUGGAUAACUAUUUUUUUCUGUUUUCUACAGUUUUUUUUUCAGUUUCUUUCCUGAUAUGAACCCUGGCUUUGUCUGUAUUUGAAAAAACAGAAUAAAAUUGCACUUGCUCCUAAUUUUCACUUC